AUGACUUCUCUCUCUGAAGAUGUGCCCCCUGAGAACUCUGAAGAAGAUCGUAUUCCUAAGGCAGAUGAUCGUUCUACCAAAAAGGCGAAGCUUAGAUCUGAUGACCCUCAUGACAACCCAGUAGGGGGAAUGUCUUUCAGAGACAAAGUCCUUCAGUCAUCCAGGGGAAAGGAAGAUAUUUUUGAAAGUUCAUUCGAGGAUUUUUACCUGUCAGGUGAAGAUGUUUCUAUGAAUUUUGAGGAAGGGCUUCCAUCGAUUCACUUUUCCUCAAGAGUGCAAGAUGAGUUAUCCAAACCAUGGCUAAAAACGGUGGUGAUUAAACUGCUUGGCCGGCCAAUUGGUUAUAAAAAUUUAUGUAAUCGUCUGGAAAAUAUAUGGAAAUUCUCACGAGGUUUCGAUGUUAUAGAUCUUGAAAAUGACUAUUUUUUGGUGAGAUUUUGGAGUGGUAGUGACGUUGAAGCAGUCCUAACGGGUGGUCCUUGGGUCAUCUUAGGGCACUAUUUAUCUGUGCAAGCGUGGAGUCCAAACUUCGAUUGUACUAGUGAUUGUAUUAACUCAAUUCAUGCAUGGAUCCGGCUCCCGGGGAUGCCAAUUCAUUAUUACAAUAAGCAAGUUCUUAGGUAUAUUGGACAGAUGGUGAGAAAGGUCGUAGAAAUCGAUUAUUGUACGGAAUCAGUAGAAAGGGGUAAAUUUGCCCGCAUUGCAGUCGAACUUGAUCUUAGAAAGGCACUAGUGUCUCAGUUUGUUCUAGACGGUAAAGUUCAGCGUGUGGAAUACGAAUGUUUACCCCGUAUUUGUUUCUCUUGUGGAAAGUUUGGUCACACUAAGGACAAUUGCCCAGAAAUCAUCACUACUGGUCAGAAUUCGAACCAGGCGAAUGAUGAAGGUAAAACCAGUAAUAAGCCGACAAGAACGGAGAAGAUGGUGCCUGCUGAAAACCCUAGCUAUGGUCCUUGGAUGAUUGUUAACAAAAGAGGUAAGUCUAAACCUGAUUAUGGACAUUCCAAAGAUAACAAAUCUUCCAAUUCAGUUAGGGAUAAUGAUUGGAGAGGAUCUCGAUUUCAAAUUCUUGAAAAUACUGACAUGGAAGUUGGCUUAAAUGGAGAUAAUAAUCCUAAUAUAGAGGAGGAAGUUGCGGAUAAGAAUCUCACUGGAGAAGGGUCUCUUCAUGCUAGGGUUUACGAUUCUCAAAGUGCAGCCAACGACACUUUUUCUUCUAAGGUUAGUAGUAAGAGUAAUCAUAAAAAAGACACCAUAGAGAAGCCCACUAAAGAAGGCCACCAAUUAAAGAGCAGAUAUAAUAUGAGAAAAAUUGACAAAUACCCUAGAUGUGUGAAAAUAUUGUAA